CAGCCCGUGUGUGUCUUCGGAAGCUGAGGGGAAAGCGGUGAAUAUUUUCGCCUGUAAAACUGUGAACCGAUGACAGAAAGCGGCUGACGGACAGAUUUGAGGUCGGACUUGUCUUUUAGAGACUUUUUCCCCACAGAGAGGUAGUUUUAAUAUUUUUCCAAGACUUUUUGAAGCUGGUGGUUCUUAACGCCGCAGGGAUUUGAGUCUCAUCUCGAAGUUCCCAAGAUGAACUUCGGCUCGAUGGUCGGGAAACUUUGCGUGUUCGUGGCAGUGCUCCUCGUCGGGCCCGUUUGUCACGCAGCAGAACCGCCGGCGUCUCAGUGGUCUGGCGAGGAUUCCAAGAACAUCACGGUGCUCAGAUUCCACCGGAUCUGCCUGGAGAACGAGCAGUACCACCAUCAGGGGCUCUGCUGCCUCAACUGCCAGGCUGGAACCUUCGUGCAGAAGCCCUGUGAAACAGACCAGGAGCAGGGAACGUGUGUGCCCUGCGAGCACGGACAGACCUACACGGAGCACUCCAACGGCAUGAACCGCUGUUUACCCUGCACGCACUGCCGCCAAGAUGAGGAUGAGACCGCCCCCUGCACCACCACCACAGACACCAGGUGCCAGUGCAGGCCCGGUACCUUCUGUGUUCCAGAGCAGGCCUGCGAAGUCUGUAAACGCUGUGCCAAGUGUAAACCAGGUGAGGAGGAGGUGCAGAAGUGCACUCCUUUUUCUAACACCGUGUGCCGAAAACAGAGUCCCUCUCCUACAGGAACCACAACGCUCCGUCCCCCGCCCACUUCUGCUUCUCCAACAAACUUUGUGAUCCCUGUGUGUAUAAGCCUGGUUAUCUUGACCAUAAUUAUCAUCCUGCUGGUUGUGUGGUGGUUUGUCUUCAAGCAGCACACAUGUGAAAUCCCAUGGUCGACCAGCCGCUGUGACUUCAGUGAAAUUGUGAAGAUUCCUAUCGAUGAGAGCGGAGCCACGGCCGAAGAGAGGCAGAACGAUCAGAACUCUGGUGUGGAGGGGGAGGAGCCACGUCCCGAGUCCCGCCCACUGCUGCAGGAGACUCAGGCUGGGAUGACCAAGGCUUCCCCUCCCUUUGAGGACGAAGACAGGGGACUUGGAGACAGUUUGCCCAACACCACCAGUUCGUCUCAGACCAGUCUGUCGGCUCUGCCCACAGCAGCGUCCUCUGGGAACACCCCCCACCAGAGCCCCGUCGUCACCAGACUGCUGCCUGUUGACACGGAAAACCCUUUGCAACAUCGAUUGGUACCUUUACUUGGCUCAGAGAAAUCUUUGAGGAAGAGCUUCGACCUGUUCGACGAGUACUUAGACGUGCGGAUCCACAACAAGUUCUUCCGACGGAUCGGCGUCAGCGACAACCACAUUCGGAUCGCGGAGAACGGCGCCCCCGCCGACAAAGUGUACGAACUGCUGAAGAACUGGAUGCAGAGGCAGGGGCUGAAGGCCGACAUCAACGACCUGCUGGAGGCUCUGCUCAGCAUGGACCAGCGCCGCUCGGCCGAGUGCAUCGCCUCCGAGGCGCUCCGGAAGGGCUACUACAAACAAACGGACACGCCCUGACGGCUGCACAUGAAGUAAACACAAAGUACUCGCAAAUAAAAGCACAAAAACCCGCUGUCGGCAGACGGGCUGACCUCUUCGUGGCCCUGCAGCCACGCAUUUAAAAGCCAGUAGUUGUUUAAAAGAAGAAAAACACACACACAUAAAAAAAAGGGGGAAAGUGGAGCCGGACUGAUGCGUGAUUUGAUGAUGUUGACCUGUUUUAUAAAAACACAGCCGUAGGUUUGUGUUGGAUCUGAACGUUAUCAUGGACGAGCUAAACGACGAGCUAAACACUGAAAGCACCGAAGUCUCCGGCUGGGAGUGGCUCAGCUCCAGCCUGGUCAUCAGGAAGGAGACGGGGAUUUUACACUGGUUUGUUGGAGUGGCGUUGAUGAUGAUGAUGAUGAUGAUGAUGAUGAUGAUGCUCCUCCUGUGCCUCUUCGAUGCACUGACCUCUGGCACAUGUAGGAUUCAAAAUGUUUCAGCUCUUCAUCCCAGAAACAUUGGUUUAUGUCUAGUUUCCUGACUGAUUCUCGAAGAAUGUGGAUAAAUAUUAACAUCAGUUCUUACUAUUAACAGUUACACUUCUGCGUCUGUUUAAAAGUUCACUUUUUUUCUGAAACCUCGUUACGUUCUUUAAGACAAGUGGUUAAAAAUAGUUGUAGUUUUUAUAAAAGU